AUGAAUUCAACAACUCCAAAAUCAAGUGGAAUCAAUUACGCAAGUAUAAUUUAAUUAUAAAAUGAUGGUAGAAUUAAGAAAGCAACGAUCUAACUAAGACACAUUACCAAAAUCAAUGUCAACCAAUAUAAAAAUGGAUAUUAAUUAGGUUUAAUAAUUUGGAGGGAUCAAACAUAGAAGCACUUCUUAGCAUAACAUAAAUGAAAUGGCAUAGAUAGAGUUAUUUGAUUAAUGUUUAGAAAAGCAAGCAAAUUAAAAUGAGUUUUUAGUGUUCCUUGAUCGUCAGAUGCAAUACUUUAGUCAAAACACUCCUGUAUAUAUUUAAUUAACAAGCUUAGCAAAAUUAUUCUUCAUUUCGAGUUACUAAUAAGGCAAUUUAGGAAGAGAAGAAAAAAUUAUAAGUGGAACUCUAAAAAUAUAAUUAAGAAAAUGCCUUCCUGAUUAAGGAAAUAAAGGAUUUAAAUAAAACUAAGCAAAUGCUUGUAAAGAGAUAUGACGCUUUAUAGAGUUUAAUUUUAAAAGAGCGAUUGAACAAUCAGCAAAAAGUUCGUUAAUUCAGCAAUCCAAAAUUUCAACAUUUUUUCAAUCAAAUUUCACCAGUUUAAGAGACAAUAUCUUCAUUGACAGAUGAGAGAGUAUUAAAAUUCAUAUAAUCCUUUUAGUUUGAGAGUAAUACUACAUCACUAGAUUCUUCUUUGUCAUAUGAGGAUGAUCAAUCAUCUGCAUCAUAAUUGUUAGAUUUAUUAUAGAAAAAUUCCAAACAUAGAUUUAAUUUUCAAAAGCAAAUGGUAUGA